AGUUAUAAAGAUACGUGGAAACUUCACCGGCAACGAUGUCAUGGUGGUGAAGAGGAUUUUUCUGAAGGACGAGAUAAGCGGGAAUGUGGGGAAACAUCGGGUGGGCGCAACUGAUGGAUUAGUGUGGUUACCUUUAUUGUCAGUUAAGCAUGACAAUGUGAUGGCCUAUUAUAAAAUAAUUAUCGAAAAGAAGCAAGCGGGAACCAUAAUUGAAUUGCUGAUGGACUAUAUUCCAGGAUUCAGGAUUGCAAAAGGGCAGCAAAAUUGUAGAAAAGCGAAUUGUCGGUCGGCAGUCUGUCGGUCAGCAAAACGGAACGGAGAUUUGACGACGUUUACCAAAUCCAGUGAACCGCUAUCUUGGGCCAACGUGGUCGACUUUGCGCAGCAAAUCGGAACUGAUCGCUGAUCUGGAUGAUGGUGUCAUAACCGAACAUAGCCGCGUAUGCAGCAAAGAUGGCGGAAAACUCAAGGCUACGGCACGGUAUAUGUCACCGGAAAUGGCAAAGGCGUUUGUUGAAACCGAUUGUG